CCCCAUUUCUUCCUCCAAAGAUCUUUAUCUUUAGUUCCCUGUUCUUUCUGGUAUUUGCUUUGUUGUGCUUUGCUGUGAGUGCUUGCUGGUCAAUCUGCAGAAUUUGAUUUUAAUAUUGAAAGAAAACAGUGAACUGUCUGUGAACGUGCUCUUCUUUCUCUUGGUUGCCUCAAACACCUUUCACGCUCGGAAGGAAACAUGAUUAGUGUUGUUUCCCUGUAAAAAAUCCCAUUUUUUUAUAUUGGCACCAGAGAAGAAGAAAGGAAAAAAGAACCCUUUUUUAUUAUUGGCAGUGAGAAAUCUUUGGAGUUUGAGCUGUUCUUUUACAUCUUUUGAGAGCCAUGCUUAUGUCUGAGAACAGAAAAAUCUUCCCCUUCUAAUUCUUAAGAGUUCAUUUCUUUGUUCAAGCUCAAACAUGGAGUUGGUGUCAAAGGAAGAAGAAAGAACAAGUUGAGAUUAGUGGUUUAGUAGGUUUGUGGUAAUGGGUCUAAAGCUGCAACAGAGGCAGCAGCAGCAGCAGCACUCGGUGGCUGUCAAAGUGAAUGAACAAAUGGGGAGCAAAAGAGGGUACACAUUUAUUCAGGCCAACAGGGCUUGGUUGCCCAAAUUUCUUUUGCUUUGGGUAAUGGUGAUGGCCUUUUUGAGCACUUGGAUCUACAAAAAAAUGGACGCUGACAACAAAGUCAGGAGGAAAGAGGUGUUGAGUAGCAUGUGUGAUGAGAGGGCAAGGAUGUUGCAAGAUCAAUUCAGUGUUAGUGUUAACCAUGUCCAUGCCUUGGCCAUCCUUAUUUCCACUUUUCAUUACUACAAGAAUCCAUCUGCUAUUGAUCAGGAGACUUUUGCUGAGUACACGGCAAGAACUGCGUUCGAGAGGCCAUUGCUGAGUGGGGUGGCCUAUGCUGAAAGAGUAGCGCACUCGGAGAGGGAGGAAUUCCAGAGGCAGCAUGGCUGGACAAUAAAGACGAUGCAGAGGGAGCCUUCUCCUGCUCGAGACGAGUAUGCUGCGGUGAUACUCUCUCAAGAAACCGUUUCCUAUAUCGAAUCGAUCGAUAUGAUGUCUGGGGAUGAAGACAGGGAAAACAUCUUAAGGGCUAGGGCUACUGGGAAAGCUGUCCUAACUAGCCCCUUCAGGCUUCUCGGUUCCCAUCAUCUCGGUGUUGUGUUGACUUUGCCCGUUUACAAAUCCAAGCUCCCAACAAGGCCGACUGUAGAAGAGCGCAUCAAAGCAACUGCGGGAUACCUCGGUGGAGCCUUUGAUGUGGAGUCUCUGGUGGAGAAUCUGCUCGGGCAACUUGCUGGAAAUCAAGCGAUUCUAGUGAAUGUAUAUGACAUUACUAACUCUUCCGAUCACCUGAUCAUGUAUGGCCACCAAAAUCAAGAUGGUGACUUGGCUCUGUUGUAUGAAAGCAAGCUCGAUUUCGGAGAUCCGUUCAGGAAGCAUACAAUGAUAUGUAGAUAUCAUCAGAAGGCACCUACAUCGUGGACGGCGCUGACCACAGCUUUCUUAUUCUUUGUGAUAUGCUUAUUAGUUGGUUAUAUCUUAUAUGGUGCCGCUAUACACAUUGUUAAAGUUGAAGACGAUUUCCAUGAAAUGCAAGAACUGAAGGUUCGAGCCGAAGCUGCGGAUGUUGCCAAAUCGCAGUUUUUAGCAACAGUUUCUCAUGAAAUUAGGACUCCCAUGAAUGGUAUCCUCGGGAUGCUUGCUUUGCUUUUGGAUACGGAUUUAGGUUCAACUCAAAGGGAUUAUGCUCAGACCGCGCAAGUCUGUGGAAAGGCACUGAUAACAUUGAUAAACGAGGUGCUUGAUCGGGCCAAAAUCGAAGCUGGAAAAUUGGAGAUGGAAUCCGUCCCCUUCAACCUUCGAUCUAUCCUGGAUGAUGUGCUGUCUUUAUUUUCCGAGAAGUCUAGGAGCAAAGGUGUUGAGUUGGCAGUCUUUGUUUCCGAUAAAGUUCCGGAAAUGGUUAUGGGAGAUCCAGGAAGAUUCCGACAGAUUAUUACGAAUCUUGUUGGGAACUCUGUUAAAUUUACAGAACGAGGACACAUAUUUGUUAAAGUUCAUCUCGCGGAAAACACAAAGCCUGCAGUCGAUGCAAAAGCUGAAACUUGUUUGAAUGGUCGGUUGGAUGAUGGUGUGCCGAUAUCAGGUGCACACCAGUUUACAACCUUGAGUGGUUAUGAAGCAGCUGAUGAGCGGAACAGUUGGGAUUCCUUCAAGCAUUUAGUUUCCUACGAUGAAUCGCGAUACGAUGCCUCGAUAAACAUGACGGUUCCUGGUGAAACUUCUCAGAGUGUCACUUUGAUGGUAUCCGUAGAAGAUACGGGUAUCGGGAUCCCUUUAAUUGCCCAGGACAGGGUUUUCAUGCCGUUUAUGCAGGCAGAUAGUUCAACUUCGAGAAAUUACGGUGGGACGGGUAUAGGCUUGAGCAUUACCAAGUGUUUGGUUGAGCUAAUGGGUGGUCACAUAAGCUUCAUUAGCCGGCCACAAGUCGGAAGCACAUUCUCGUUCGCUGCAGAUUUUGGGAUAUGUAAAAAAGUUUCUUUUAAUGAUAUGAAAAACGAUCUUCCUUCUAGUUUCCGAGGAUUGAAAGCAAUAGUAGUUGACGGAAAACCGGUUAGAGCUGCCGUAACUCGAUACCACUUGAAGAGACUUGGUAUACUCGCUGAGGUUGCAAGUAGUGUAAAGAUAGCAGUUUCUGCAUGUGGGAAGAACAGCUCUUCAUGCGUAAGUAAAAUCCAGCCGGAUAUAAUUCUCGUCGAGAAUGAUUUAUGGCUUUCCGGAGAGGAUGGCGGUUCGAGCUUACGGAUGUUGAAUGGACAUGCGUUUAAGUUACCUAAAAUGAUUCUUCUUGCGACAAAUAUUACUAAUGCUGAGCUUGAGAAAGCAAAGGCAGCCGGUUUUGCAGACACUACGAUUUUGAAACCUAUGAGGGCAAGUAUGGUGGCUGCAUGUCUUCAACAGGUGCUCGGGAUCGGUACGAAGAGGCAGGCGGUAAAAGACAUGCCGAAUGGAUCUCUUCGGAGCUUACUUUGUGGAAAGAAAAUAUUAGUAGUCGAUGACAAUAUGGUAAACCGGAGAGUUGCUGCUGGUGCAUUGAAGAAGUUUGGAGCUGCCGUGGAAUGUGCCGAGAGUGGAAAAGUUGCCCUAAAACUGCUUCAGAUUCCGCACUCUUUCGACGCAUGCUUCAUGGACAUUCAGAUGCCGGAAAUGGACGGGUUCGAGGCAACACGUCGGAUUCGAAUGACGGAGAGUCAAGCAAACGAACAAAUGAAUGGAGGCGGCAUAGACAAAGGGCCGGCCCGGAAAGGCGAGUUGCAUGUCCCGAUAUUAGCUAUGACGGCUGAUGUACUUCAGGCCACCUAUGACGAGUGCCUUAGAUGUGGGAUGGAUGGAUAUGUCACAAAGCCCUUUGAGGAAGAAAAUCUCUACCAGGCAGUAGCCAAAUUCUUCAAAGUCCAACCGAUCUCGGACUCGUAGCCGAACACCUUGCACCCACAUCGGAAAAGCGAACACAACCAAAACCAAAGGAUACGAUCAGGCCGGACAUUUUCGGCUAACUUUUUUCCCAAUCCUGCCGGUGCAUUUUGGUUUAAAACACUGCAUAUAGAUCGCACAAGUUCCCGAGAAUUCUCGACUGCAUCAAAAUCACACGAGUGUUAGGGCAAUCAUUUCUAAUCCGAACUUCGAUUUUUAAUUGGAUUCGAAUUCGAGUAUUAUACUACCACAGGAAACUACAUCCCUAUGGGUUUGUAUAGAUCUUUACGAAGGGGAUGCUUUGAUUUUCUCCUGGGACUUUGAGAACUUGUGCACGUAAAUGGAGUUUUGAUUUUUAUGA